AUGUCGACAUUGGGGACACUGAGUUACUACGCUGACUCACACAUUCCACACGAGAAUGACGAUCAUUUGGCGGCGAGGUUCUCAUCUGGCCCCGUGGUCCAGGAGCAGGCUCGGGAACUGACGCUACUUGAAUAUGGCGAACAGGAGCAAUACACUUUCCAAGCCAAAUCAUCAAUUUUUGGUGCGUCAUGGAGUCCCAUGCAGCCCCCAGGCACAUCUAUCGCCUACCACCCGUACAUUCAUCACCCAUGCUCAACAAGAGAAACCGAUGGAGCAUCCGUGCGUUCCUGGGCGUUAGAACCGCUGCCUGCCCUGUCCUUCACGGGAUUAUCCACAGAAACACACCAUGAUAUAAAACUUGAACCACUGGUUGGGAGUGGUGAGUGCACCACGCAUACAUUACUUGUGGCCGAGACUGACAAUAACACGACUCAAGCAGAGAGGAAGGUACUGGACGAUGCGCUUUCCAACGGAUCACAGAAUGAGAAAGCUCCAGCAGAAAGGAAACCGGAUCUAGACCCAAGUCCUACGAGUGCUGGUACAUUGAGCAUUUAA